UCUGUUUCCUUGAGGGGAGAGUUCUGGAAUCUGAUACUUUUCUGGAGUGGUGCUGUUGUGGAACAAAACAGAUGUUUCAGUAGUUCUCAAGUUUGAGUGGAGAACCUGAUCUUUACCUUGAAGCUGCAUCUAAAUCAGUGUGUGAAUCUGGGAUUGUGGCACUUGGAAGAACAAACUUGGAAAGUUUGCAGAACAAAAUUCAGCAGCUUUGGAGACUGAUCAUGGAAAUCAAAAAGGAGAGAACAUCAGAUGAAGCACAACAUUUUCUUCCUGCAACACAGGCAGACAGUAUUAGGGAGCCUCAGUUUACAAGUAUUCAGAAGACUGAAAAUGAGUCAAAGCUGGAGUUUGUCCUUGCAUGCAAGGAUCUAGUGGCUAGUGCCCGUGAUCGGAAGCUGAAUACAUUUGUACAGAUCUCAGUAGUACAUCCAACAGAACAGACUUUGAUGAGAUAUUCAAGCACUGAAAUUGUGGAGGGAACAAGAGACCCACUGUUUUUGACUGGUGUGACAUUCCCACCGGAAUAUCCUAUCUAUGAGGAGACUAAAAUAAAACUAACAGUCUACGAUGUCAAAGAUAAAUCUCAGGACACAGUCCGCACCUGUGUCCUGUCGGAACACAAGGAACCAAGAACAGAUGUUGGGCGAAACUUUCUGGGCUCGACUACUUUUAAAGUAGGAGACUUGGUAAAGUCAAAGGAGCAACAGUUGACCCUUACCUUGAGGACUUCUGAUAGUGGAAAGACAGUUGGUACCAUAGAUGUCAGCCUUGUGAAGAUGGGGGAGAUAGAAGAGGGGAAAGCAGACCACAUCACAACAGAUGUGCAGGGACAAAAGUGUGCAUUGAUGUGUGAAUGUACAGCACCUGAAGGCAUAAGUGGUAAAGACAGCUUACCUUUAUUAAAUGCAGUGUUAAAAAACCCAGUCUGUAAGUUGUAUAGAUUUCCUACGUCUGACAAUAAGUGGCUGCGUAUCCGAGAACAGAUGUCUGAGAGCACCCUUUCUUUCCAUGUUCCCAAGGAAUUGAUCAGCCUGCACAUAAAGGAGGAUAUGAAACGGAAUCAGGACUUAAAAGAGCUGGGAGAACUUGCUCCACAUUGGGACAAUAUGCGUAAAAAUGUUAUUGCACACUGUGAACAGAUGUUGAACAUGUACCAGGACACGUUAGCAGAUCUUGGGAAACAUACAGGAUCUUCCUUCAAAUCAAGCUGUAGUAAAGGAGAAAAGACACUAGAAUUUGUUCCAGUAAAUCUCCAUCUGCAGAGAAUGCAUGUGCACAGUCCUCGGUUGAAAGAUGCUCUGUACGAUGUCAUCACAGUGGGAGCCCCUGCAGCACAUUAUCAGGGAUUUAAGAAUGGUGGUCUUCGGAAACUGCUAAGUAAAUUUGAGGCGGAGAGGAGAAAUACUGGAUACCAGUGUAUUUACUAUUCACCUGAAAACAUAGCCAAGGCAAAAGAAGUUCUCAGCAACAUCAAUCAUCUACAGCCCCUCAUAUCAAGCCAUGCAGACCUGCUACUUAAUUCUGCAAGACAGCAUUCUCCAGACAGCUUGAAUAAUUCUUUAAAGAUGCUUUCUGAAAAAACAAAGUUAUUUGUGAAUGCAUUCAAGGAUCAGCUAGUCAGAAGUGCCCUUUUAGCGCUGUACACAGCCCGUCCAGGUUGUGUCCUCAAGAAGCCAACUGUGCCCAGAAACAGUGUGGAAGAAUGUGGUGAUCCACCGCAUCAGGACCAUCCAUCUCAGAUCAAACGGCAGAACUCUAUACCUCACCAUUCAGAAUAUGAUGAAGAAGAGUGGGAUAGGGUGUGGGCCAAUGUGGGGAAGAGUUUAAACUGCAUUAUUGCAAUGGUGGACAGACUGCUUGAAAAAGACAACAGCAACAGUGGCAUUAAGGAAAAUGAAAACGAUCCGUCAUCUGCAGAUCGCAUAGUAUCUCAUACAAGUGGUGACUGGUAUGAGCAGCUUUAUCCCCUCAUAAUUACACUCAAGGACUGCAUGGGAGAGGUGGUGACAAGGGCAAAGCAAUCAAUGACAUUUGUUCUACUUCAAGAACUUGCGUGUGGAUUGCCACAGUGUUUGAUGCUGACUCUCAGAAGAGAUAUUGUCUUUAGUCAAGCAGUAGGUGCUUCUUGUUUUUUUUUUUUCAAAUUGCACAUAAGUAUACAUGAUCAAGGCUUCCUACAACAGCUUCAUUCUGUUGGGUUAAUUGUUCAAUAUGAAGGACUUCUCAGCACAUAUAGUGAGGAAAUUGGGAUGCUAGAAGAUAUGUCUGUGGGCAUUUCAGAUUUACAGAAAGUAAUGUUUAAAAUCACUGAAGCCAAAUCUGAUGACUACUUGCCUCUAAUAACUGGAAGGCGUGAUCAUUAUGUAAUAGAGGUCAAGCUUCCAGCAAAGAUGUUUGAGCUGCUGCCACAAGAGAUCAAAGAAGGAAAGCAGCUGCGUGUGUACCCAGUCCUCUUUAAUGUUGGAAUCAAUGAACAGCAAACACUUGCAGAGAGGUUUGGAGACACCACGUUGCAAGAAAGGGUUAACCAGGAAAAUUUUGAACUUCUUAAAGAAUAUUACAAGUUGUUUAGUGAAAAAAUGCCUCCUGAUUGCCUACCACAUAUUCAAGAACAGAAUGACCUAAAAGGAUUACUAGAAAAUCUUCAUCAAAAUAUCCACGCCAAAAAAAGAAAGAAUGUUGAAAUUAUGUGGGUGGCUGCAACGAUUUGCCGCAAGCUAAAUGGAAUCCGUUUUACCUGUUGCAAAAGUGCCAAAGACAGGACAUCCAUGUCAGUGACACUAGAACAGUGCUCAAUCUUGAGAGAUGAACAUCAGCUACACAAGGACUUCUUUAUCCGCGCACUGGACUGUAUGAGAAGAGAAGGAUGCCGCAUAGAGAAUGUACUGAAGAAUAUCAAAUGCAGAAAGUAUGCAUUCAACAUGAUACAGCUGAUGGCUUUCCCAAAGUACUACAGACCACCCGAAGGGACAUAUGGAAAAGCUGAUACCUAAGUGUAAUAAGAAACACACAUCGAUACUAAGCAGAUAUAUAAAAAUUGCUGUUUGUGUGUCAUGAACUGAGCGUGUGUAACAAAACUAGGAAUUCUCUUGGUCGACUAUCGGUGGAUCUAUUUUAAAUUACCAGAAGUCAGUUAUUACAAAAGAGAAAACCUCAAUUAAUGCUUGCGAGUUCUCAAAACCAAGUAUGUACAGCCUUCAGUGCUAGGCUGUAAUUUAUUCAGAUUCCAUAAAAUAGUAGAAUUGGGCCUCGUAAGUAGCUUGAUAGAAGACCAAAAAGGAGAAUGCAGAUUGCUGCAGUAAUGGUGUUAAUAGAUUCCACAGGGGGCACUGUGGGUCUGUAUUGAUAGAUACCUGGUGAAGGGGCACCAUCCUACUUGAGAAUAAUGUCUUUACAUCAGGUGUAAAACAGAGAUCCCUGUGCCUUGUGGUCAAAGACCCUGUGGUAUUCAUUACAAGGAACGUUAAUCUUGGUCUCUUGGCCAAACUUAAGUUCGGUAAUUCCAUUCUGCUUCUCUAUAGAAGCUUGGUAAUUGUAGAUUAUAAUUUGAAGUUUGGUAAUUACAUAAUGUAAUUUUAGUAACUACAGUUUGUAAUUUGGUAAAUGCAUUCUAUCUGCAGUUUCAUUUGGAUGUAUUAUUCUUGGCAUUUUGUGCUAGAGUCAAUCCUACUCAUUUUAUUUAUUUGUUAGGUUCAGUGGAAUCAGAGGGAUUACCCGUGUGAGUAAAGUGACCCCUAAUUGCCCCUUAGACUUUACUGAUGGUUUCAGUGCACAGUGAAGCCUAAAAUGUGUCUUUAUUUUAGUGCUGACUGAUAUACCACCUAUACAGUAGAGACAAUAUAGCUCUUCAGGGUGGAAUUAUAAACAUGUAUAGUUUGGUAAUAAUUUUUCUAGCACUAAACCCAAAAUAAACAUAAAAAUGAGGGUAAGUACGCCUUGACCUGUUACUUUGUGGCCAGUUAGCUGAUUUUCUAUCACAUGUAUAAUGUAAUAUAUAGGCAAAGGAUACUCUUUAGUCUUAACUGUGAAUUUUAGUACUUUUGCCAGCUUGUGUCACUCCUCAAUUUAUCUGCUAGACAUCACAGGGUUAUUGAUAGUAUCAGUUAAUUCUAUCCCCUCCCAACCAAAAACAAAACAAUCACAUUUGUUUGGCACCUUCACUUCGGAAAUAAAAUAUUUAGGACAGGAUAAGAUAAGAAUUUUAUCUAAGCAAAACUAAAUAAGAACUUGAAGAUACCUUAGGCAAAGUAUAAUUAUCAAAUUCAGAUUCUGGAGAA